AUGGAUCGCGAACCGAGACUCUUAGCAACAAAACAUUUUGAAUUUUAUUGCAGCAAUGAUGUAUAUAAUGUUCACGAUUAUUUUAAGAAGCGGAAGGCUUCUAUUUGGUGCAUUCAGGACUACGUUUAUUAUGUAAUUGAAAACGAGACGGGGAUUAGUUUCGUUCAGGCCUAUACUCUUUUCAUUGAGAGUUUGACUUUACUAAAUCAACUCAUUGCUACGCCUGGUCCAGUCAGAGCUUUCUGCUCUAAUUAUCUCGCAUGGUUAAAGACUAGGCCCGGACUAGCAAUAACAGAAGUGUGUCAAACUUACUUUUCCGAUGCCUUUGCGGCCAAAUCAGUGCAUAGGCAAUCAGUUAUUCUCCAUGACACUAUUGAGGACACGGUAUACCUUAAAACAAGAACCUAUGCCUUUCAAGCUCAUUUACAGUCAGGGUCUCUUUCAUCUAUAGGAACGUCAGAAACUUCAGGAACUCUAUCGACUAUAGGAACUUCAGGAACUCCACAAACUCCACCGCAAACUUUUCGGGACCUAACACCAUUGUUGGAAACGCCUAACAAGAGACCUUUUGAGAAAGAAGAGCUCCAACAAUAUAUCAAAGGCAUUUCUAUAGUAUGUACAUUUGGAAAAACAAUCGAGGAUCUGACAGAAGAAAUAGGAGAGGAACUUGCUAGAGAGAUGCUAACCGUGCGAGACUUUAAUCCUAAAGUGUGGACAUCUGCACUGGAGAAAUAUAUUGAUACCGUCCUCGAUGGAAAUGAGGAAACUUUUAAAAAUAAAGCCCAGUACAAAUCAUCGGACUUUGAAGAUAAACUUUUUCGAUUAUAUUGCGAAAAAGUUUUCAUCGAUUUCUACCACCUCGUGGACGUUAAUCCUACAAUGAACAGAAAAAUUGGCGAGCGUAAGCACAUAGUGUAUCAGGUUUCUUCGUUAUUUAAAUUCUAUGAGAGAACGUUUUCCUCAAUUGAAUUCGAUUGGAUCGAAUCGCACGCUCGCGCCGCAAAGAUUAUGAAGUCUUCUACAAACUCCGGAAUUGUUCGAGUAGACGUUAAGGGAACAAGAAUUUCCGAUGGCUUUGACGUAUUUCACAUGGAGGUCGCGGGUCCUCCAUGUAAUGCAACUGAGAAACAUACUAUGGGUGACGCGAAGAAAACCAUGCGAACGGAUAUUCUAAAUUUGAUCACGGUACUACGAAAUCACCUUGAUUGUAGCAUAAGUCUUGCAACAAAAAUUAGGGUGUAUAGUAUCCAAUCUAUCAAUGCUCGAUUAACUCUAUAUGCAUUAAGUAUGCUUUCCGAUGGCCGUUUCCUCGUAACUGAACUUGCCUCUGCCGUUAUGCCUUUCAGCUUUAAUGGCCGAGAUCAAUACAAACUCAUCCUUAGAAUGAUGGCUAUCUUUCACGACGAAAUCACAAAACAGGAGAAAUUAAUGAAAAAUAUUAAUCGGUCUGUACUUCGGCCAAAGGAAACGACGGUCCGUCAUGUAUUAAAGAUUCCCGAAUUAGAAUAA